AUGGCCCCGCUUAGUCCCCGCUACGGCCCCGUCGUGGCCCCGCUACGCCGCCACCUGCGACCUCGCCACCACCUGCGACCCCGCCUCCCAGCGCCCGCAGCGCCGAGCAGCCGAACCGCCGGCCAGCUGAGCCGCCCGACCGCCCGAGCCGCCCAGCAACCGAGCCGCCCGGCAGCCGAGCCGCCCAGCAGCCGAGCCACCCGACAGCCGAGCCGCCCAGCAUCGUGCAGCCAAGCCGCCCAGCAGCCGAGCCGCCCAGCAGCCGAGCCGCCCUGCAGCCGAGCCGCCCGACAGCCGAGCCGCCGAGCAGCCCGAUCGCUCCACCUACCUGUGGACUUUGAGGUCUGGGUAGAUGAUUUGCAGCUUUUCCUGCAGUGCGAUAGGGCAGACGGCCUCUCCCUGUUUGACCUCACUUCUGGUGCCUCCCCUGCCCCUGCUGCUGAUGCUGACGCCACUGUUCGCUCACAGUGGGCCACACGUGACGCUGCUGCUCGCCUUGCUGUGCGCCGCCACUUACCGACCACUGAGCGUGCACACUUUAGCCAGUACAAGAGUGCUCAGACCUUGUACGACGCUGUAGUUGCACGCUACUCUUCCCCUGCCACUACUGCACUGAGCCGCCUCAUGCUACCGUACCUCUUCCCUGACCUUGCUGCCUUUCCCACUGUCGCUGACCUCAUUACGCACCUCCGCACUAGUGACAAUCGCUACCGCGCUGCGCUUCCUGCUGAGGACCACUUCCUCUCUGUUUGCCCCACCACUCUCACCGUUGACCUCCUCGAGAAGGCCCUCCUAGCGGCGGAGAAGAGCAUAGUCGCUGUAGGAGCCUCUCGUGGUGACCCUCGCACCCCCGUCUUUGAGGGGUGUUCUCCCUCCCCCCUCUUGCCCUCUGUUGCCUCUGCUGCUGCGGCCGACCUCAUUGGUUUCGAGUCGGUCGGCGCUGCGUCUGCCCCGAGCGGGAGACGCCGCACCGGCAAGGGCAAGGGGGGCAAGGGCACUGGAGAGGGUGGAGGGGGCAGUGGAGGUGGUGGUGGAGGUGGUGGAGGGAGUGGGGGUGGUGGUGGGAGUGGUGCUGGGGGUGGCGGCGGCGGCGGCAGCAGUGGAGGCGGCGGAGGCGGUGGAGGUGGCGGAGGGAGCGGAGGCGGCGGAGGUAGUGGAGGAGGCGGAGGUGUAGGAGGCGGCGGAGGCGGUGGAGGCGGCGGCGGCGGCGGAGGCGGCGGUGGUGGAGCGAGUCGCGACUCUGCGCCGAGGAGUGGCGCCGGUGGUGGUCAGCGCCAGCAGCAGCAGCGGAGUGGUGUGACCCUGUCCCCUCAGCAGCUUCGUGAGUGGUACACUGCACGCCAGCGCGGUGGGGGUUUUGGUCCCUGCUCUUACGUUCUCCGUACCGGCGACCGCACUGGUGAGCAGUGCGGAGGUCCGCACUCCACCCAGCGCUGCUUUGGUCGCUUGACGGACGCGUGGCGUCGCCAGCUCUCUGAGGCGUUAGAGAUCCCUCGCUGGGGAGAUCCGGCUAAGGCCGGGGUUGCUAUCUUUGAUCUUGAUUUUGAUGCUAUUCUUGCUGCCAUGUAUGCUGAUGCUGAUAGUGUUGAGGGUGCCUGUUACCUGUGUGUACCGCCUGACCCGGGCAUUGAGGCUGCUGCGCUAGGUGCUGGUGAGACUGCUGCUCUAGGUGCUAGUGCGUCUGCUGCCCCAGGUGCCAGUGCGUCUGCCGCCCCAGGUGCUGGUGAGUCUGCUCUCUCAGGUACUACGUCGGCUCAGGCCUUCCACACCUUCACCCUGGACUCGGGUGCGUCCCGCUCCUUCUUUCGAGACCGCACCACUCUUACGCCGCUUAGUCGGCCGGUUGCAGUCUCCCUGGCAGACCCCUUUGUGGGUCCUGUCCUUGCUAGCUUCUCCACUAUCCUUCCGUGCCUUGCAGCCCCCUCUGGCACCCUGUCUGCCUAG